CAAAGCAGAAAAGAAAAGCAAAGGAAAGAUGAACUCCAAAUUCUUCUCUCUUUUUAUCAAAAUUGUAAUUAUUCAAUCUCUAUCUGUUCUUUGUAUUUCCCAAAACUUCGAUUUCUUCUACUUUGUUCAACAAUGGCCAGGUUCAUAUUGUGACACAUCAAAAAGUUGCUGUUAUCCAACUUCGGGAAAACCUGCAGCAGACUUCAGCAUUCAUGGCCUCUGGCCUAAUUAUAAUGAUGGCACCUAUCCGUCAAACUGUGAUUCCAAUAAUCCCUUCGAUAAAUCUAAGAUUUCAGAUCUAACGGGCAGUAUGGAAAAGAGCUGGCCAUCACUGGCUUGCCCAAGUAGCGAUGGGUUAAGCUUUUGGUCACAUGAAUGGAAUAAACAUGGAACCUGUUCAGAGUCUGUGCUUAACCAACAUGAUUACUUCCAAGCUGCUCUCGACUUAAAAAACCAAGUCGAUAUCCUCCAAACUCUAAAGACGGCAGGAAUCGAACCAAAUGGAGAGUCUUAUAGCUUGGAGAGCAUUAAAGAUGCUAUAAAAGAAGAAAGUGGGUACACCCCACGGAUUGAAUGCAAUACUGAUGAAUCAGGAAACCACCAGCUUUACCAGAUUUAUUUGUGUGUAGACACUUCUGCCUCCAAUUUCAUAGAAUGUCCAGUUUUUCCCAAGGGAAAUUGUGGCUCCAACAUUGAAUUCCCUUCUUUCUAAUACGAUUAUUAUAUCACUUCUAAUUUAUUAAGAUUUAGCAACAAACACUUUCUUCUAA